AUGAAGGCAAACCUUGUAAAUGUUACAAAUUUAAAACCUCAAAAUUAUGAAGAACAUCGCUGGUAUUUAAAGUUAAAAUGUUGUGGAUGUGGGGAAAAUUAUGAGAGAUGGCAUUAUGGAAAUAUUAAAGAAACACAUACUUUAACAAAAGGUAAAGGAAUUUGUCAUAUUUCAAUUAAAUGCUCAUUUUGUGGACGAGUAAAUACUUUAGAAAUUUUGCCAAGCAGUUAUUUACCCUAUAAUAAUGACAAAAAUGAAGAAUUCCAAACAAUUGUUAAAUUUGAAUGUAGAGGGUUAGAACCCGUUGAUUUUGAUCCGCGUAUUGGUUGGAGCUGUUCUAGUACGGAAAGUGAUUUAAAUUUUGAGGAAAUUGACUUAAACACAAAAGAAUGGUUUGAUUAUGAUGAAAAAGCUAGUCUUCCUGUAGAAAUAAAAGAAAUGUUUUUUAAAUUUGUUGUUGUGAAAGAAUAA